GAGCACGCGGGAUUCAGCGGAGAAACGCGGCUGAGGAAUGGAGGGGAGAAUGAAACAGUAAAAGCGGCAGCUAUGCGGCAGAUGCUAAGAGAACUAUGGCAACACCGGGUGACGGCCCCAGCAGUGAGUUGCAGCAGGAGGGACGAGAGCCUGUUGGGCAUGGUGAAGAAGAGCGCCUCCAGGAGGGUGUGCACCCUGAGGAGUUCGUGGCCAUCGCGGAUUAUUCUGCCACCGAUGACACGCAGCUCAGUUUUUUGAGAGGAGAAAAACUUCUCAUCCUGAGACAAACCACUGCUGAUUGGUGGUGGGGUGAGCGUGCAGGCUGCUGCGGGUACAUCCCAGCCAACCACCUGGGGAAGCACCUGGAGGAGUGCGACCCCGAGGACACGUGGCAGGAUGAAGAGUAUUUCGGCAGCUACGGAACCCUGAAACUUCACUUGGAGAUGUUGGCAGACCAACCACGAACAACUAAAUACCACAGCGUCAUCCUGCAGAAUAAAGAAUCUCUGAAAGAUAAAGUGAUUCUGGAUGUUGGCUGCGGCACCGGGAUCAUCAGCCUCUUCUGUGCGCAUUACGCGCAGCCCAGAGCAGUGUAUGCAGUGGAGGCCAGCGAGAUGGCCCAGCACACGGGCCAGCUGGUCAUGCAGAAUGGCUUUGCCGACAUCAUCACCGUGUUCCAGCAGAAGGUGGAGGAUGUGGUACUGCCGGAGAAGGUGGAUGUGCUGGUGUCCGAGUGGAUGGGGACCUGCCUGCUGUUUGAGUUCAUGAUUGAGUCCAUCUUGUACGCCCGGGACGUGUGGCUGAAGGAGGAUGGGGUCAUCUGGCCGACCACGGCCGCGCUGCACCUGGUGCCCUGCAGUGCGGACAGAGACUACAGCAGCAAGGUCCUCUUCUGGGACAACGCCUAUGAGUUCAACCUCGGCGCCCUCAAAUCCUUAGCAAUUAAGGAGUUUUUUUCGAAGCCCAAGUAUAACCACAUUUUGAAACCAGAAGACUGUCUCUCUGAGCCGUGCACUAUAUUACAGCUGGACAUGCGAACUGUGCAGAUUGCUGAUCUAGAGACAAUGAAGGGCGAACUGUGCUUUGAUAUCCAGAAAGCUGGCACUCUGCACGGGUUCACAGCCUGGUUCAGUGUUUGGUUUCAGAACCUGGAGGAGGACGAGCCGCAGCUGGUGCUGAGCACGGGACCCUUCCAUCCCACCACCCACUGGAAGCAGGUGCUGUUCAUGAUGGAUGAGCCCGUCUCCGUCCACAGGGGAGACGUGGUCACAGGCUCCGUUGUGUUGCAGAGAAACCCAGUGUGGAGGAGACACAUGUCUGUUGCUCUGAGCUGGUCCGUCACUUCCAGACAAGACCCCACGUCACAGAAGGUUGGAGAAAAAGUCUUUCCAAUCUGGAGAUGACAGCUGAUGUUCUCUGGGAAGCAGUGCAUGUAUUGGAGGAGUGAACAUGAGUGAAUGAAGACGCACCUGAUGUGAAUGAACAUUCCUGUGAAAGCUCGUGAACUCUCGCUCGCCUGGAAGGUUGUAACACCCUUACCUGUGGGCUCCAGGCCAUCGUCAGGGUCCCCCACAGACAGAUGUGCGUGGGCUCAGCGAGAACUGCCCUCGCCACUGUCCCUGCCCGUGUCUGUCCUCUAGAAGGAGGCUGUGUUUCCAGGUGUCCACCAGUGGUGUCCACAGUGCUGACCUGUGGGUGAGUUGGUGGCAUGGUGUUCCUGAGCUAGUCUAGUUCUCAACUCGUAGGACACACACAUCAGCCUUGUACCCCUGUGAAGUGACUGUUGAUGCGUCCUGUGUUAAUGGUUCCUUCCUGCCCUUGCUUCAUCCACUCAGCAUGCAGAGCGUGGGGUCGCACAAAGCCGUGCAGGACGUGGAGGUGGCGAUGCAUGCGAUGGGGCUCUGCAUGGGAUAGUACAGUUGUAGCGAUGUCUUCCAGGUAAAUUACGUGUUGGAUAUAGUACAUGCUCAAUAAAUAUUUUUAAAUGAA